CCGAGUGGAACUGGUGCGGCUGCUGGAGAGAUAGGCAGAGAGGCAGAGAGGCGGAGAGGGCUGUGCUGAGCAGACGCUGGGUCGGAGCGCUCAGUUUGCUUCAGACAAUCAAGGGAACGAGACACACACACACACACUGAAAGAGAGAACAAGACACGGAAAGAUAGAACAAGACACAGAAACGAGAGGGAGAGAGAGGGGAGGGAGGUAAAUAUGUGACAGGAUGUGGUUUCCCUGAGCUUGCAGAACAUCGUUACACAGGCAUACUUUGAGCAUGACCUAAACACGGCGAGCUUACAAGUGUGUUUGAGCUCUGUUAGGUGGUGAAGAGGGGAAGACGAAGCAAACCGCUGGAUCUGCUGCUGCUGCUGCUGCUGCUGACAGUUGCUCUGGUCCGUCUGUUGCCUGCCGCCUGCCUGAGGAUUGUGUUUCCUUUAAUCUGGGCAGCUCCAAGGCAACCUCAGCCAGCUUAUCGGACGGGAUCUGAACCUCCAUCCUCUUUCUGUGCUGGUUUCCUUCCACCAAGAAUGUGUUUCUCUACUGGAAGCUCUGGUCCAGUUGCUGCCUUUGCAUCCAAGCAGUGAACUUUUCACUGAUUUUGUCAAACAGGGUCCGUGCACAGAGACACACACACACUGUGGAGCCAUGGGCUGCGGCCUGCGCAAGAUGAAGCCGACGUCGGAGGAGAGCAGUCCGGGGAAGAUUUACUCUACGCUGAAGAGACCGCAGGUGGAGACGAAAGUGGGUGUGGCCUACACUUACCGAUAUUUGGACUUCCUCAUCGGCAAAGACGGCGGGACGUCCACGCUGCGUCUCUCGUCGGUGAGGGAGCUGCCCGGGCAGCUGCAGGAGCUCUACCAGGAGGGCUUCGUCCUGGCAGCAGUCCACCCGUUCAUCCACCCCUGUGGACCAGAGUCCAACAGCCCUCAGCACCAGCUCUACAGGGCCAUACUGGUCCGACUCAACGACGGGGCAGAGAGGAGCCAGCCAGUCUGUCCACCAUACAAACUACAGCUGGAGGAGUGUCUGUCUGCAGAGCAGGUGCCCACCCCUGAGCUCAUCCAGGGCUACGUCAAGAAGCAGAUCCAGGAUGCCGCUGACCAGGGGGUUAUGUUCGUGGGAUUCAUCCAGGAGCCCUAUGGGGCCCCGUGCACCCGGAUCAGACAACCAGACACACCAUCCCUUUCCCUGCACUCCAGCCCCAGCUCGGUGCUCGGUUCUCUUGGCAGCUGCAGCCCUUCGAACCCCUCAAGCCCCACAAACCACGCAGAACCCGGAGCUCAUGCAGUGAAUACAGAAGGGAACGAGGAAGGAGCACCGAGCGAGAGCACUGGGAACCAUUCGGGGAGCGGGUUGGAGGGUAGCAAAGAUGAGGCCUCGUCUGCAGCAUCUCCGAUAUCAGAGGGAGAUCUGGAGCACAGCGAGGAGCUGACGGAGGAGGGCUCACCGUGUCACAACAACAACAAAGACAGAGACACAAAGGAGAGGCUGAGAUACCGCAGGCAGAGGGGCGAUGGGUCGGAGCUGCUCGCCUUGUACAACCACCCUCCAGUCCGAGAGGGUCAGAUGAAGUACUACACUGUCAAGGUGCCGCUGCGAGUUCAGAACUGUGAUGAGGGGGUCAAAGGAGUGGAGGCUAACUGGCUUGAUCACAUGACCCAGCACUUCAACAAUGGAGCCUCACUGGUUGAUGGAUACUUCCACCUAGGCAACGUUAAUGAUGUGCUGCCUAAAUCAGUGGAAAGUGUCUUCAUCUUCCAGGAGGGGAGCGAGAGCGAGCCGAAUGUGGCCUCCACGACAUACGACGCCAUCGUGGUAGAGCAGUGGACCGUCAUUGAUGGUUUGCAGGUGAAGGCUGAUUAUAUUCCUCUGCUGCAGUCCCUGGCCACAUUUGGAUGGAGACUCACCUGUGUGCUGCCAACUCCUGUAAUCAAGACAAACAGUGAUGGAAGUCUGUCCACCAAACAGAUUGUUUUCCUGCAGAGACCCAUCUUGAACCGAAAGAGGAGAGACUCCAAGAAAUUGAUCUUCAAGCCUCGAGGAAAGUCCAACAAGAACUGCAUUAAAGAGACUGCGAAGAACAAGAAGAAGAAGAAAUCAAAAACCGAGAGGGACGCAGAGGAUCCGAAGAUUCAUGAUGACAGAGAAAAGGUUGAGAAAGAGGAGGCAGAGAGCAAGGAUGAAAGGGCGAAUGCAACAAAUGAAAAGGCAGGGAGAGAGCGAGAGACAUCAAAAGAAAGGGAGGAAAGGUGUGAGGAAGACAGAAAGAUUAAAGAUGGGAUUGAAAUCAGCAUAGAGACGAGCGAAAGAAAAGAUGGAGGAGCAGAUACAGAAGACAAAGGAGCAGAAAUCAGUGCAGAAGACAAGGGAGAAGAAAAAGUAGCCCUGGAUGGAGAAGGAUCAGAAGAGAACGGAGAGCUGGUUGAGAACGGCGAGGUCCUGGAAAUGUCAGAGAUCGUGAUUGAAACGAAGAGCGAGACCAAAGAAAAGGAGGAUGAAGGCGUAGCAGAAGUCGAAGUCGUGAUCGAAAACGGGGUCGGGACCGAUGAGGAGGAAGACAAGGACGAAGAGAACGUAAUCAAAAACAAAACAGAAGAGCCUGCAGGUGGGGACGUCACCGCCAAGGAGAUUGUGGCAGAUUUACAGGCCACACCCACCAAUCAGAGCGCGGACGAGACACAAGAGUAGCCCCAAGGCGUCCACGUCGAGGAAUCCCCCCUACCCUACCUCUCAAAUCCCCCAUCCUAAGAACUGGUUCCUGGUGUCGUCCCUGAUCCAAAUUAAAGGGGUUUGAACCUCUCGCUGCAGCAUUUUCCAAACAUACCAUCCUUUACUGACAAUUCCCCAGCAACCUGCCAGAGUAUAUCUACAGAAGGACUUCAUGUAACCCCGAUCAUAUAACCACACAUACUGAAUGUAUAUAUCCAGGAGAACAGGAGAAACUGGUGCAGGAUAGUCAAUGUGGAGACACUGGAUUUACUUGAUGAAGUUAAAACAUUGGGGGGUUGAUACAUUCAGUGACGCCAUGACUGGACAGGAUGAGAUUUUUAGAGGAACAUGAAACAGUAAAAGGCCUGGUAACACCAAAAUUAAACACAUUCAAAGGCAGGAUAACCUAAGUGAAGUAUACGCACAGGUGGGCACAGUUCAUUAAAAUUCAACUUAACUAACCGUUAAUCCGCUGACAGAGAUGUUCAUUUAGUUAACAGUUAAUCCCUUAAUUCUAUUCAAAUUUACAGGAUGUUAAAUUAACAUGAACGUUGAAACCUGUUGAAAGUGUGAUGGUCCGCCUCCUCUUCUGCUACAACAGAAAGCAUCACCAUGAUCCAAGUCUAGUAAGAUAUUUAAUCCAAACACAUCUUACCAUGUAAGAGCAGGCUUUGGAUCCUUAUUCUUUCUCAAAAUUCAAGAUUCGCACACACAAGGAAUUUGACGUGGUGAAUAGAACACUGGUACUUCACAACAAGACAGUAAGGACACAACAAGACAGUAAGGGCAGUAAAUACAUAAACCUAAACCUUAAAUAAAAAUAAAAAAUCUGUCUGUACAAAACUACAAAUCUGCUUUCUCAGGUAAACAACCUCAGCAUAGAUGCUCCAAGUGAUGGGAGAGCUGACUAGUUUGGCUCCAAAAUGGCUCCUCAUAGUACCAUUUUGGCCUCUUAGAGACAAGUUGUUUGCAACUGACAUCUAUGCUACUCUUCACCUGCAGGAGAUGCUGUCUACUGCCACAGUGCUGUAUUCCUGCAGUGAAGUUGGGUCACACAAAAACUGUAUUUAACAGAAAUCAAAGGUUCUGAUAAUCAUUUUUAAAAUUAAGAUCUAUUUUAAACGUUUAAAAAAAGUAAUGCUGAUAAUUAACCAUUAGCAGAUUAAUGGACACGUGCCCUCCUCUGAGUAUAUACCACACAGGAUUCAACAUCUCAAAUUGAACAACUGGCCAAUGGAUGUCAGUUUUGGUGCUGUAAAACUCCAAAAGUCUAAAUGGUGGAAGCUAGCAUGACAUGUUAGAUGAUGGUAGUUAGUCAUGAAUCACAGCAGCUUCUUGUCCUAGAAGGCAACCAUCGCUUUUGGAUUUUCACCAAUGUGCCAGGUGAGCAUGGGAGCAUUUUUAAUCCAGAAUCUGACCGCUAGAUAUCGUUAAAUAUUCCCAUUGUAUAUUCACACUGUACCUUUAACUUCUUUCCAUUAGCUAGCUAACUUCAAGUAAGCAAUCUGCCAAAGUGUAAUGAUUAAAAUGUUGCACAAACCUGACAUAAAGAAGAAAGACAUUUCAAUUCAAUUGGAACAAAGCUAACAAAGCUACCAAGACUAGCUAAUGCUAGCUGUUAGCUGUUAGCUUACCAGAUGCAUAAGUUUACCAACUAGUUUGGAAAGCCUCAUAACUAUAGAUAUUACAAGGAUAAGGGCUAAAUGAUGUUUCUUAUCACUUACUUUUGGUGUGACCAGGUUUUUAAAGUACUGUGGAGUGUUAAAUGAAAUUAAUUUUAAAGUAUCAUGGUAUGUGGGGUGAGCCUUCAACCUGUUUGAUUAGGGUUUGUUAGAUCAACUGAAAGGACACUGAUGGAGCUGAGAGAGUCCUCCGCCUGUUUUCAGGAGAAAAGUUUGAGAAACAAAAAAGAAAGUGCUACAGCUGCAGUAUGAUGAAGCACCUUUAACAAGAUGUUCUUUAAUCUUCUAGGUGAGACGUUUGAGCGGCUCUCUCCAGAUUGUAAAGCUGUAAGAAGUCUGCUCCAAAUUUUAAGAGGCAGAAUUACGACGGGAUACAGGCCUUUGCUCAUGCACAAAACUGACAUUAUAAAGACUGACUGUUUUACCAUUCCCCCCCCAUUCCUUCGUUCUCAGCAUGAAAAGUGAGUCGUGAUGUUGAGGGAAGUUGAAGGAGAACGCUGGUAGAGGUGAUGGGAAAGGCGUUUGUUGCGACAGGCAAUCCAAAGUAGAGUGAAGAGAUAAUUGUUUACGCCGAGCUCUAAGCCUUCAAGUGCUUCAAAGAGAGCCGAUAAUCACUCUUUGGUGUGGUGUGCUAAGCUCACCUUGCAUACAGAAUGUUUCAUAAUCAAAGCCAAGUUAGAUAAGGAUGUGAAAUUCAGCCGAAUGUUUGCAGCUCAAGGGCAGAACUCAUAUUUGUACGCACCUAGUUAGUUAGCGUAUACAUACAGGAGUGAGGAUUUAUUUCCGAGCAAAGUUGCAGUUUUUAAUUACAUUUCCAGUUGACGGCCACAAACAAAGCACCUGUCAGGUUAAGCUGUGUGGUCAGGAGCAAGCCUUGUUGUUUACUGAAACCAAAACUAGAGAUUGUGGGGGAAAACUGAGACAAAGGAAGAGGUUGAGAGCGAGAAAGAGAGCCUAACAGAGUCAAAUAAAAGAAAUGAAUAGGCUCAUUUAAAGUAACGGCCGUUUGCGUUCCACAUUCCCCCGUUGAGAUUUCCUUCAUUAUUUUACCUCCAGCUCUUUAAGCACCCCUUACCAGACAUCAUUUCUGACAAUAACCAAGUCGUAAUGUGCUGUUUCAAGGCAUCGUGUAGCUUUCCAUUUCCAAAAAGAAGAGGGGGGCGGAAGGUGGCGGCGUUCACGGUGUGGGGCUCUCAUUAGCUCGCUAAUGGAUUUUGUCAGUGGGGUGUCUGUCAGGAAUCAUGCAUUUAUAAUGGGGGUCACUUAUUGACAGCAAAACACCUCAACGUGUCGAGGAAAUAGCCUUCAGAUUUAAAGGUGAUGUCAUAGGGAAGCAUUUGCACUGAGGAGGAAGAGCUUGUGUUCAUUUUACACACGCUUCAUCACAAAACACGCGCCAGAAAACCUGUUUAUUAAAACAUCUGUUCAUCAGGAACUUCAGCUACCUUCUGAUCGGCUUCAUACCGACUAGGAUUUGUCAUCAUUUGGAUCUUUUGUUUUUAUGAGAAUAGAUGAUAACUCAGUCAAGACAAAUGCGUCCAUUUUGGAGAUGGAGCUCUUCAAUUACACUCAAGUAAGACGGAUUAUGCUGAAUAAGUGCUCUCCUUGAUUAAUCCAACCCGCCGCUGAGAUUUUUUUCAAUGUAAAAUGACAAGUGUGUUUGUGUAGAGUAGUAUAUAAAACUGUGACCAGCUUAGCCUUAUGACUAUACUGUAAAUGGCCCACAAUCUGCUUUUAGAACAUGUCCUAUAGAGGCACAAUGGUGAUUUCAGUGUUAUAUGUUUGUUAUAGUCAAACAGGAAGUUUUGCUACAGUCAGUGUUGGUAUUUUUGAAGCUGUUGUUCCCUGUUUUCUUACUAGAGUUCAGAGUGAGGGGAUGAAAUAUUUGAAGUUCGUCUACAUGAAGGUGUUUUGCUUUCUGUUGGAGAUGUUAAAAACAUUUGAUUUUAUGAUUAUUAUUAUUGUGAAUGUUCUGUUUUGGAGUCGAAGAGAUUUUAUGGUGACUUUGUGUUGCCUCUGCUGUUCCGCUAACGCUUGCUAAAAUGUAUUUCUGACUGACGCUUCGAGCUACCUCCCGAGAGCUGAUGGGUUUUUUUUUAAAACCGAGGGUAGGGGGUCACAGUGGGUUUGACCCCCUGAAACAUAUGCUCCUUGUCCUCUCGCCCUCCAAUAUGACGGAGCCCAGACCUGCGAGCGUGAGGUCAUCACUAAUGGCAGACGAGGUCAAGGGUCAUAAAUGAGCCAGAAUGGAUUUUCCACAGCUGUACACAGGAGUUUGCACGAACACAUGACAAAGUAACCACUCUGAUAUUGACUUUAGGCCAGAUGAAGUCAUAUCCUAAUAAUCUCUGUGGCAUUUUCUCUCCUCUUUUUUUUAAAAAAACUUCAUACCCUCACUUUUGGCUUUCAGCUGUUUGAGCUUCAAUAAGCACUUAUUGUGUCUGAGAAAUAUUUAAUGCUGCCUCUCGUAAGCAGAGCUGCAGGGGGAGCAAAUAAGACUCAGCUGUUGCUUUCACACAUUUUUCAGAAAGUGACAAAUAUGAAUGAUGACAGGCAAUACUGAAAGACGUUUUUGGAUAGCUGACGAGCUCAUAAAUGAUCAUGAAUAUCUAAGACAUUACCCCACUGGAUCCUAGCCAACAAAUUUCACCUGAUUUAAUCACUUUCUGUUUUUCCUGGUGUCAAGAUAAACAUUUGAACCGCCAUCUUUCUGUUUUAGAGACAUGAAUUUAUUCCUGCCUUUGUUUUGUUUUUAAUCUGAUUCCAUGUCAGUUAAACCCCUUUGGCAUCUUUCAAAACAGACCUAUCUUAUUCCCCUUUAUCUAAAAGAGCUGACUUCGGAAAAUCAGUUAAGCCACAAGGUGAUCUCAUGUGACAUGACAGUGUUUUUCUGACUCCCACUACAUUCCUGUUGGACAUCCACAAGCACGGGUGAUCGUAACCUUGACAUAAGUUACAUCUGGCCCCGUAUCCGCCUGUCCCACCUGAGGCCACGGCCUUCAGGGCCCCGUCUCUCCCUGAUAAGGGCUGAUUGGUUGCUGUGCAGUCUAACCUCUGACAUGAGUACACUCCAGGGACUGUGGGUAAUUGUGUUUUUUUUUUUUUAGUGGGGUAUUAAGAAAAAAAGAGAACCACUGGCAGAGUGAGGCAGGAUCUGACACUUCAUCAGUUAAAUGAUGCUGAACCAUGUUAACUUAUCCGUCCGUGAAAAGAAGGAGACCUUUGACUAAUGUUAGAUUCAAAUAUACAUUCACAGCCCUUCACCCAGCCGUGUAAAAAAAAAAGGUAAUUUACAGUUUCCUGUCUUUUAUCAGCAUAAUUGUCUCUGAGCCUCAGUAGUGGCGCUGGUGCAAUCGUUCUUGGUAAUGCUGUAAAAAAAAAAAAAACCGUACUGGUUCAUUUCCUGUGUGCUACUAUGAUGUGAAAUGAGCAGAGUAGAAAUGACAGAACAUGAAACUAUAGGAUGCCGUCAUUAUUUUUCUGUGUUGUCACUUUAGCUUGCUCACAGCCUCUGGAAAAUGUAUUCUUAGGUUUUUUGUCUCUGAUGUUUUCUGUCACCUCGGCUGCCAUCUUGAAUGUUGAGUAUCUUUGAUCAUGUGCCGAUGUCACUUGUAUAGCAGUGUUUGCUAUCGAGGAAGAAAAAGUAUUCUUUAUCUUUGCUAUCCUGAGUAUGUCCACAUUCCUAUUGUUCAUGACAUCUGUACAAUUUGUAUAUUAUAAAAUGAUUUAUAUUUAAUGUGUA